AUGGCAACAGUCGGUUAUGGCGACAUUCAUGCAGUGAACUUGAGAGAGAUGAUAUUUGUUAUGGUUUAUGUGUUAUUUGACAUGGUUCUUGGUGCUUAUUUGGUUGGGAACAUAACAGCUUUAGUUGUGAAAGGAUCAACGAGAGAAAUAUACAGAGAAAGAAUAAAAAAUCUCCUUAAAUACAUGGAUAGAAACAGAUUAGGAAGAGACAUACGUGAUGACAUCAAAUAUCACUUACAGUUACCAUAUGAUCGAACCCAUACUGAUUCUGCUGAUUUUAAAGACCUUCCAACCUCAAUUCGUUCCAUGAUAACAGAGACACUUUAUAAGCCACACAUUGAAAAAGUUCCUCUUUUUAAAGGAUGCUCUUUGGAAUUCAUCAAUCAGAUUGUGAGUAGAGUUCAUGAAGAGUUUUUUCCACCUGGGAAAAUAAUAAUGGAACAAGGGAGUGUUGUUGACCAAAUUUAUUUCAUUUGUCAUGGAAAACUGGAAGAAGUGGUUGUAUAUGAAGGUGGGCCCGAAGAAGAAAUAUCAAUUCUAAAUCCUCAUGACUCAUUUGGUGAUGUUUCAAUUCUAUGCAACAUUCCUUUGCCAUAUACAAUUCGAGUUCAUGAAAGUUGUUUACUUUUGAAACUUGAUCAUCAAUCUUUCUCCAAUAUUCUCAAGAUAUAUUUUCAUGACAAACAAAAGAUUCUCAACAAUCUACUAGAGGGUAAAGAAAGUGAUGUACACAUGAAGGAUAUGGUGAGAGAUAUCAAAACUCAUAUUGGAUUCCAAGAUGCUCAACUUUCACUUCGAGUAAAUAUUUCAGUUUAUAAUGGAGAUUUAUUUGAGCUUAAAAGCUUAAUCCGAGCUGGAGCUGAUCCAAAUAAAAAACUCUUUGAUGGAAGAUCACCUUUGCAUCUUGCUGUAUCGAAAGGACAUGAAGAUAUUGUUGUUUUUCUUAUUCAAGAAGGUGUUGAUGUUGACAUUUCAGAUAAUUUUGGAAAUACGCCAUUGUUAGAAGCGGUUAAGAGGGGGUAUGAUAACAUUGCAUCCUUACUAAUUAAAGAAAGUAACUCAUUGAUGAUAAACUCAAAAGACUAUGACUUAAGGACCCCACUUCAUGUAGCCACAUCACAAGGAUCUUAUGUUGUAGCAAAAUUGCUAGUUGAAUCUGGUGCUAGUGUUCUUUCGAAAGACAGAUGGGGUAACACUCCACUUGAUGAAGCAAGAUUAUCUGGAAAUAUGAUAUUGAUGAAAUUAUUAGAAGAAGCAAAAUCUUUUCAGAUGUUAGAAUUUCCUUCAUGUUCUCAAGAACCAAGAGAUAAAAUGUCACGAAAGAAGUGUACAGUAUAUGAGUUUCAUCCAUGGGAAUUAAAAGAUGAAAGAAAAUAUGGAGUUGUGUUGUGGGUCCCGGACACCAUUGAUGAACUCAUGAAAACAGCAGCUAAGCAUUUGAAGUUGGAGCUUUCUACUGGUUUUUGUAUUGUAACGGAAGAUGUAGGUAAGAUUGUUGAUGUGAAUAUGAUUACAGAUGGACAGAAGCUAUAUUUAAUAACUAUGGAAGCAUGAGUUAGAGAAUUUGAUUAAAUUGUUUAAUGUUGGGUUUUCAAUUCAGGAAAU